UCUUUUCUAACUAAUAACCAAAAAUCUCACCAGUUGAUCAUCGGCGACUACUCAGCGUUCGAGUCGAUCCGGGAUAAGUACUCGUCCUGGUUCGACAUCCUGGGCGGCUGGGUGAUGUUCACGGCUCCGUGGGCGCGCCGCCACGCGCUCGGCGCCGCCGCCGCCGCCUGCGCCGGCAUGCGGACCGGCGCGCCGACCACGCCGCUUGACGAGAUGGCGCGAGCGCUCAUGGACGGCGAUCUGCACCAAGUGAUCCAUGAGAUACAACAGAUAUCAGACAACGGCUGGUUUGCUACGCAUCUGACUGACAUUCUGUUCCACUGUGGCAAGCUGGAGAUUAUGGAUAAACACCAGACCGAUGUCACAGGCCGGCUCCGAGACAGCCUCAUCCUCGAGUACGGGUCCCUGCUCAUGGAGCACCCGUCUCUGUGGUCUGUGGGCCUGUCGUACCUCGCGUCUCGGCCCCCGGAGGGGCUGCGGCGCGCCGAACUCAUCCUGGAGCGGAUGCCCGUGCAGAACGAGGCCAAGGCGAUGAGGAUAGUCGCUGAAGCCAAGAAAUACGGACUGCUGGGAGUUGUGCAGUCAGUAUGCACCUGCAUGGGCGCGCGGCACUUAGCAGGCGGCCGCGUAGGCGGCGCGCUGUCGUGGGCGGUGCGCGCGCGAGACUCGGCGCUGUGCGCGCGCGCCGCCGACCGCGCACUGCGUCAGUACUGCGCGACGGGCGCGCUGCCGGCCGCCGACUUGUUGCUCACGGCUGGAGCCGCAAUGCUGCUGUGCGACACGCUGCUGUUCUUGGGAAAAUACUGUGACUUUCACAGAUUGUACAAAAAUAGAGAAUUCAAAAAGGCCGGGAAACUACUAGUGUCUUUGCUCACGUCCAAAAUAGCACCUGAUUACUUCUGGGAGACGCUCCUCCUAGACACACUCCCUCUCUUAGAGUCGGACGAGCCAGUCUUCUCUUCCAGCGAAACCUUCGAGAUCAUGCUGUGUCUGGAGCUCAAGCCGCUGGCACUAGCUGGCGAGAAGGCAGACUUGCUGCGACUGGCGCUGGCCAGGAAUCUCGCCCGGACCACCCUGUCUGAUGUGGACAGUGGGGGAGAAUGAGACAUGUCUACAUUACUGCCAACAAGUUUUUUAGGAUAAAAAAAAUAGCGAAUGACCAAACAAGACUUGGAAAACCACAUGUUUUUGUCAUGCCUCUCACAGAGGUAGGAAAUACGCGCCCGUUUUCACAAACAUUUCUACGAGGUCUCACAGUGCGAGUGGACGCACAGAGUAACACACGAACCAAUCGCAGAGCUUUAUUCAACGCUGUGCGUUCGAUUUGCUGCUUCACUUAAGCAAGCAUCGUUUGUGAAUACGGGCGACAGUAUUUUGCGAUACCAUUGAUUUCUUUUUUAUGGAAGUGGACAUCUAAAAGGCCAA